AUGCCUUCCUCCCUCGAGCAGCUCAAGUCCUCCGGCACCACCGUCGUCUGCGACUCUGGUGACUUCGCCACCAUCUCCAAGUACACCCCCCAGGAUGCCACCACCAACCCCUCCCUGAUCCUGGCCGCCUCCAAGAAGGCCGAGUACGCCAAGCUCAUCGACGCUGCCGCCCAGUACGGCAAGUCCAAGGGCGGCUCCAUCGACGAGCAGAUCGAGGCCACCCUCGACAACCUCCUCGUCCAGUUCGGCAAGGAGAUCCUCAAGCUCAUCCCCGGCAAGGUCUCCACCGAGGUUGAUGCCCGCCUCUCCUUCGACACCAAGGCCUCGGUCAGCAAGGCUCUUGAGAUCAUCAAGCUCUACGAGCAGGAGGGUAUCUCCAAGGACCGUGUCCUGAUCAAGAUCGCCUCCACCUGGGAGGGUAUCAAGGCCGCCGAGAUCCUGCAGAGGGACCACGGCAUCAACUGCAACCUGACCCUCAUGUUCUCUCUGGAGCAGGCCAUUGCUGCUGCCGAGGCUGACGCCUAUCUCAUCUCUCCCUUCGUCGGCCGUAUCCUUGACUGGUACAAGGCCGCCAACAAGAAGGAGUACUCCGCCAGCGAGGACCCCGGUGUCAAGUCCGUCCAGCACAUCUUCAACUACUACAAGAAGUUCGGCUACAAGACCAUCGUCAUGGGUGCUUCCUUCCGUAACAUUGGCGAGAUCACCGAGCUUGCUGGCUGCGACUACCUCACCAUUGCUCCCAACCUCCUUGAGCAGCUCUACAACUCCCAGGACGCUGUCCCCAAGAAGCUGGCUUCCGAGGACACCGCCAAGCUCGACAUUGAGAAGAAGAGCUACAUCAACGACGAGGCCCUCUUCCGCUUCGACUUCAACGAGCAGCAGAUGGCUGUUGAGAAGCUCCGUGAGGGUAUCUCCAAGUUCGCCGCUGACGCGGUCACCCUCAAGGACAUCCUCCGCGAGAGGCUCCAGAAGGCUUAA